CACACCGGAAGCAGAGGAGCAGCGGAAUCUUCGGGGUGAACCUCGGCUGGUGUCCAUUUUAUUUACAACAGUGGAGUUGUUAGAUUUUCACCAUUCGGGUUUUACAAGAGAAUAGAAGCUUAAAGGUUUUCAGACAUGAGCAGUUCAGAGGAAGUGUCAUGGAUCUCCUGGUUCUGUGGGCUGAGGGGGAAUGAAUUUUUCUGUGAGGUGGAUGAGGACUAUAUCCAGGACAAGUUCAACCUGACGGGGCUCAAUGAGCAGGUUCCUCACUACCGCCAGGCUCUAGACAUGAUCUUGGACCUUGAGCCAGAUGAGGAGCUUGAGGACAAUCCUAAUCAGAGUGACUUGAUCGAGCAGGCAGCAGAGAUGCUCUACGGCCUCAUCCACGCUCGCUACAUCCUCACUAACCGAGGCAUCGCACAGAUGUUGGAGAAGUAUCAGCAGGGAGACUUUGGUUAUUGUCCUCGUGUUUAUUGUGAGAAUCAGCCCAUGCUUCCUAUUGGUCUGUCAGAUAUCCCAGGUGAGGCCAUGGUGAAGCUGUACUGCCCUAAAUGCAUGGACGUCUACACACCCAAAUCCUCCAGGCACCACCACACAGAUGGAGCCUACUUUGGCACCGGUUUCCCUCACAUGCUCUUCAUGGUUCACCCCGAGUACAGGCCGAAGAGGCCCGCCAACCAGUUUGUCCCAAGGCUGUACGGGUUUAAGAUCCACCCCAUGGCCUACCAGCUGCAGCUGCAAGCCGCCUCCAGCUUCAAGAGCCCCGUUAAGGCCAUACGCUAGAGAGCGUCCAGACAGAAGGAGGAGGAGGAAGAGGAGGAAGAUUUCAACAGAAGAAGAGGAGGGGCGUGGAAGACGGGGAAUAGUUGUUGGAAGAGCAGGUGUUGCCUGCGUUUUAAACCUCUUCACAUGUCCCCUCUUCAACCUGAAGACUGUAUUAUUUUGGUUUAGACUAGGGCAAAUGAAAACGCUGUCAAGAGAAUUUUUUUUUUGAGUGUGAGUGAGACAAAAAAAGAAAGCAUAGCCGUGAUCUUAAUCACAUGAACCACACACACCUGUACCUUACCCAAAUAAGCCGUGUGACUAAAGCAGGAGAUGAAGAGAAGAAGGGGAGUUGAACACAGUAUCGUAGGUUAAGAGUCCGUUUACACGUGUGUGUGUGUGUGUUUGAAGCCCAGUAUCUCCCUGAACUAGUCCACAGUGCAUGUAGACUCAGGCCCACACAGAGAUAAUGAGGCCUGCGUUGGUUCACAAAGCAGUCUGGUAACAUUUGCCUUGAGGUGCAAAACAAGUUCUUGCGUUCUUGAGGCAGGAGAACAAAGUUUCUGGUUUCAUGCUGUCGGAGUAGAUGUUUUUUUUUUCAUUAUUCGCCGUCAUUUCUUUAACGUUCUUCAGCUUUAUCUUAAAAUAGUUUGACAUUUGUGGAAUGUCAAAUGUGUUGGAUUGGAAGGUUGAAAUCACGUGAAGCCGCUCGGCGCCCUGCUGGGCUUAGACGAAGUCUCCUACUCAUUAUUGGACGUUUUGCUGACGACUCGUGGUCAUUUAGUCUCUUGUGUAGCAAAGUGAACGUAAUAUUUCUCAUAAUCCUGUCACAGCACAUGUAGAUAAAGGUUUCCCUCAUUGUGCAAAAUAAAUAAACGUCGUAGAAGUGGAGGAGCCGCUUAUUCAGCCUACUGUUUGUCAUUAGUGAUAUUUGACAUUUGUUAAGACAAAUACUUAAACUACGUAACUAUUUGUACAACUACUUAAAUGACAGCCAUCAUAAACAUGUGUAUUUGUCUUGAAAGCCUAUAUUGACCGAUACCGACAUUGUGCCAAUAAUAUUGUGGAUUCUUUAUCACACCCUUUAAAACACUUACUUAAUUAACACUUGGUUUGACUCUGUUGUGACACUGAAACAGCCGUGUGCUGCGUAAUAACUUCUGUUUUAGUCUUAACUGCAGCUUCUAAUGUGUUCAUUUCUAUAGAAACGAGCAGUCACUGUUGUGUUAAGUGUUUGUUUUCCACUUUCUUUUCCAAAACUUACUUUGUUUCCAGUCCAACGCUGAAGAUCGUACAUUCAUAAUUAACCACAGCUGGUUUCAGUCUCCACACUUUUCCCCGAAUGUCAAACUGUGUCUAAAGAUGAAGCAGGAGAGACUCAGAGAUUUAAAAAGCUGAGUCCUUCAGCUCACUCCACCUCCGUACCGAUCCGUCGUCCCGGUUCUGACGCAGAUCACCAGCUGCUAGUUUUUGUUUCUGAUUACUCAUGACCGCUCUCCCUUUUCGCUCCCUCUCCUCUCUGUGUGACUUUGAGGAAUCCAUGAUACAAGAGAAAAUGUAUUUAUGUUUCCAGAUUUUAACUAAUGUUUUUUUGUGUGUGUGUGUGUGUGUGUGUGUGUGUGUCGUCUUCUCUCUGAGACUGUGGGUGAGCAGGAUUCAGAAUUCUCAAUAAACUUCUAUUUUCUUUUCAUA